ACUCCAAUUUGGUAUGUCUUGUUUUUGAAGAAUACAGCUUCAUCCCCAUGAAGUGAGGAGUUGUCUCUCUAGUCCACUGAAACAGUAUAUGCAAGCAUUAAUUUUUUCAUAGACUUUCAGUAUCUGGAACCUUGUGCAUAUGUCUGUACGUUUUUCUAUUUGCACUACUGUAGACUUAAGUAGGUCAUUCUAUGUGCAGUAAUACUUUCAAAUCUUGUAGAGCUGCCAAUGCUGCCCGUUUUUGUUUUAGUCUCCAUGGCUAUCUUGGGAGCAACCACUAUGAUGGGAAUUGUCACAAACUCUGUAAUUAUUGUCGCUAACAUCAUUGACAAGGUAAAGGGAAAAAGCCUUAACCCAUCAGACCUCAUUCUUGUCACACUUGGUCUAUCCAAUAUAACUCUCCAGUUCACCAUGACUGCAAAUGACUUCUUGAGCAUUUUAUGGAGUGACCUAUACUUCUCAGAUGCAGUUUACGCAGCUCUCAAUACCAUGAUGUUUUUCCCCACUUUCUCCAGCUUUUGGUUUACUGUAUGCCUAUGUGUCUACUACUGCUUGCAGAUUGUCAUAUUCACCCAUCCCUUUCUUCUGCGUCUCAAACUUGGAAUCUCUCAACUUGUACCAUUUCUUCUUGCAGCUUCUGUCUUUGUUUCUCUGGUUAUCAGUAUUCCUAGAAUAUGGAGUAGUUACAGGGACCCCCCUAUUUCAAAUUUAUCAAGCAAUCAGAGUUUUGAAAUUGAGAUGCCCAAGCUGAGCCUUUUAUACGUGGUUUCCAGUAAUAUUAUUGGAUGUUCACUUCCAUUGGUGUUUGUCGGGAUUUCCAAUUGUGUACUCCUUAAGUCACUCAUAAGCAAGAGCACCAUGCUAGAGAAAAACAAGAGUAAUGUCUAUAGCCCACGAACUGAGGCCAGAGAACAAGCAGCAAGGACUGUUGGUUCCCUAUUAUUACUUUACAUGUGCUUCUAUAUCUCUGAGAUCUGUAUGUUUGCUGAUGUUUUCCCAACGAAUAGCCCUGGAUUCUGUACCUGCUUAAUUGUUAUUUAUAGCUUCCCACCUACUCAGUCGGUCAUUCUAAUUUUUGGCAGUCCUAAACUAAAGAAAGCAUUGCUGAACCUUCUCUGUCUUUUAAAGAAAUGUACCAAAGAGCAGAAGGAGACAACCAAGAUUGUUUUCAUUAAUUUUUGA